AUGGAUAAUGUGGAGGAAGAGGACGAACUUGGAGGGGGGCAACGACGAGUAGCCUCAAAGAAGGCUGUCAUUAACCCAAAAAAUGAAGACGAGGAGUGCUUUAAAUGGGGCAUCAUAGCAUCCUUAUAUCAUACCGAGAUUGAAAGAGAUCCACAAAGAAUCAGUAAGCUGAGACCCUACGUAGACCUCUACAAUUGGCAGGGUAUAGAGUUUCCUACAAGCAUUAAAAGUAUAUACAAGUUUGAGGAUAAUAACCAGGGCAUUGCAGUGAAUGUCCUGUAUGUGACGGGAAAGAGGAUCGACAUCCUACGUCAAUCGCAUCACACUGACCGGAGCAAGCAGGUGAAUCUAUUGCUUAUUACCAAUGACAAAAAGACUCACUACACGGCCGUCAAAAGUCUAUCGCGACUCCUGGGUAUUGAGACCUCGAAAAAUACGGCAGAAAUGAACUUUUUCCUGAACUGUCUACAGGCCUUUCCUACAGUUGAAUCGAGGCACAAGCACCAUGGCUACUGCAAGGACCACGAGGCCGUUAAAAUUACGUUGCCGACAGAGGCUGAAAAAUGGCAAUACUAUAGGGAUAGCCAACAACAUUUCAAGGUACCCAUUGCCAUCUCUGCAGACUUCGAGAGUCUACUUAUCCCGGUAGGAGAUGCGAGGGGUACGAAAACCGAAAAGCUAAGCAAGCACGUACCGUCUGGCUGGUGUACCUAUAGUACCUUUGCCUGUGGAAGUGUACCAGAUCCCCUAACAGUAUACAGGGGUGAGGACUGUGUAACGAGGUUCGUGAACCACCUAGAGGAUGAAGUGAAAAGACUAUACUAUACCUACCCACAGCAACCCAUGAUGCCUCUAACAGAGGUCCUGAAAAGAGAACAUGAAGAAGCAUCGAAAUGCCACAUCUUCCUAAAACCCUUUGAUGAUUGCGAGAAUAAUCGUAAAGUUAGGGACCAUCGUCACUAUACAGGGUUGUAUAGAGGCGCGGCCCAUAACAGCUGUAAUCUAAAAUACAAGAUACCUAGCCAUAUACCCGUCAUCUUCCACAACCUAAGCGGGUAUGACGCGCAUCUCUUCAUACGGGAAUUAGGCGAGAAAUACGACACGCAAGACAUUGGCUGCAUAGCAGAGAAUACUGAGGAAUAUAUCAGUUUUAAUGUGAAAAUCAAUAUACCGCUUGGAGGUAUGGGAUAUGGCGAUGGUGAGACGUAUAAGAAGAUUGAGAUUCGGUUUAUCGAUAGCUGUCGGUUCAUGCUCUCAAGCCUGGACAAAUUGGCAAGCAACCUCAUUGGUAUAAACGCCGCCGGUAUGAAAUGCCACCAGUGUGCAGAUACCUAUCUUGAAUUCCAGGGCAUAGACGCCGAAUGCAUGGAAAAAUUCUGGUGUAAAAAUUGCGAUUCGAAUACCACGAAGCAACUUAAUCGGGACCAGGUAAAGGCAAACGUACCAUCCAUGGCAAAUUUCAUCGACAAAGAUGAUACCUUCAGGCUGAUGCUUCGAAAAGGCGUGUACUCCUAUAAGUAUAAGGAUAGAUGGCAGCGAUUCGAAGAGUUGGAGCUACCUCCAAAGGAGUCGUUCUACAGCAAGCUGAACAUGAAAGGUAUCAGUGACAAUGAGUAUGCGUACGCAAAAAAGGUAUGGAAUUGUAUUACCCUGGAGAGUGAUAACAUUGCCAUGGGCGACUAUCACGACUUGUACCUCAGCACAGACGUACUGCUAAUAGCCGAAGUUUUUGAAACGUUCCGAGACGUAUGCUUGACGAAUUACAAGCUUGAUCCUUCGCACUUCUACAGUGCACCCGGUUUGGCCUGGAAAGCAGCACUCAAGUAUACCGGGAUAAGGUUAGAGCUUCUCACGGCCCCUGACAUGCUCCUGAUGUUCGAGAAGGGUAUCCGGGGAAGUAUAACCCAGGCUGUACACCGGUAUGCCAAGGCUAACAACAAGUACAUGGGAGAUCAGUACGAUCCAGAGGUUGAAUCCUCCCACCUACAGUACCUCGAUGCGAACAACCUAUACGGAUGGGCGAUGCGUCAAGACCUGCCCACGGAUGGCUUCAAAUGGGUAUCAAAUACCGAGGCAUUUACAGAAAAGCGAAUCGAGAAGCUCGUUAGGGACAAUAAGCACGGGUACAUUUUAGAGGUCGAUAUCGACUACCCGAAGAGGUUGCAUGACAAGCAUAACGAAUUGCCGUUCUUGCCCGAACGCAUGCAUAUCAACAGGGUCGAGAAAUUGGUACCGAACUUAGGGGAUAAACGUAGAUAUGUGGUACAUACCAGAGCCCUAAAUGAGGCUAUAAAACAUGGGCUGGAACUCAAGACAGUGCGCAGGGUCAUUCAAUUCAACCAGAAGCCAUGGCUUAAAGGGUACAUCACAACACGAGGUUGA